AUGACUGACAACAUGAAGAUGGAGAUGAGAUGUGUGCAUGUAAUAGAAGAGAAGGCAGCUACAGGUGUAACUGCUGGGAACAAAACGUGUUCUAUGGGUUGUAUAAACAGGCCAAUAUCUCAGGUGGACACUGAAAUAUUACAUCACCUAUGUAAGGGUGUUAAGGGGGGAUUUGAUGAAGAAAUGUUCGGGUCUCACCUUGGUUUUGGCUGUCUCAGAGAUUAUUUGGAGUUUGAGCUUCAGAAGCGAUAUAAAGAAGCUGCAACAGCAACUCUGGCUCUGCUUGAACAACAUUGCAACAAAGUCACUGUUGAACUAGCCAGAAUGGACUUUAAAAUAGAGGCCAAUUCUGAUGUUGCAUAUCUUCGAAGAUAUGCAAUGCUGCAUGCUGCUUCUAUCUGCAACCAUGUGGGAACAUUGAUUGACAGAGCAGCAGAUCCUUCCCCUGAGCAAUGGGGAAGACAACAGAAGAGGAGUAGUCGGAGAGUGGGAUUGGAAGCUGGCCUGGCGUUACAACAAAUAUUAAACCUCCCAAUGCCACCUUCAACUCUAUGUGGAAGGUGCUUUUUGAAAAUGGCAAAUAUGCUACUUGCCCAUGCUGGUCGAGGUGGAGGGAGAGGAGUUUCUGAAGCAGCUGCAGAGAUUGCAGAUGCUGUUGCACAGCCAUGGCUUGCUCCCCUUCUUGACACUUUAUGUGAUCGGCUAGAUUUUAUGUCGGGGAACCUUUUUGAUCUAGCUGUUGAAAGAAAUCACCACUGCGGCUCAGACUAUGGAAGAAAUAAUGGAGAUAUUGAUGGAUUUAACCAGGAAUCUGCUGCUGCUUUAUAUCUCAAGCUAUGUGAUUGGGGGCCAGCUUUGCGUGAUGAAACUAAGAGAGACCAAGGGAAUAUACCUCCAGGAAAGAAUGCACAGCAGGCCACUCCAGGAAAAGGUGCCGAAGCCAGAGAUGCUCUGCGUGAAAGCCAUAUGAUUGUGCUUAGACCCCAUCACCUUAUCAGCCAUGUGAUGUGGUUAAGAAGGAACUUGGAGACUGCCUUGAGAUUGGAGCAAGAAAACAGCACACAAGAAUAUUAG